AUGGCUGCGCUCGCCUGGCUAGCGGCCGGGCUGCUGCUGCUGGCCGACUGGCUGCUGCUGCGGCCCGGGCUCCCGGGAUUCUUUUCCCUGCUGGUCCCGGGGGUGCCGCUGCUCCGGAUCUGGGCUGUGGGCCUGAGUCGCUGGGCCAUCCUGGGGCUGGGCGUCCGCGGGAUCCUCGGGGUCACCACGGGAGCCCAUGGAUGGAUGGCCGCUUUGCAGCUGCUGACAGCAGCGCUGGGUUUAGCCCAGCCCGGACUUGCCUCGUUCCGAGAGCUGGCCUCCUGGGGAGCACUCCGGGACGGUGACAACGCUGGAGUACUGCACUGGGGUAGUCGCCUCGACGCGUUCGUUCUCAGUUAUGUAGCAGCAGUGCCCGCAGCCGCCCUAUGGCACAAGUUGGGGAGCCUCUGGGCGCCCAGCGGCCGCAGGGGCGCUGGAGACAUGGUGCGUCGGCUGCUAGGCUUCCUGGGUUCGGAGAAGCGGAGCCUCCGCCUGGUUCUGGUUCUCUUGAUCCUCUCCUGUCUGGGGGAAAUGGCCAUUCCUUUCUUCACCGGCCGCAUCAACGACUGGAUUCUUCAGGACAAGACAGCUCCUAGCUUCGCUCGAAACAUCUGGCUCAUGUCCAUUCUCACCAUAGCCAGUACAGUGCUGGAGUUUGCUGGUGAUGGCAUCUACAAUUUCACCAUGGGCCACAUGCACAGCCGUGCGCAUGGAGAGGUGUUUCGGGCUGUCCUUCACCAGGAGACGGGGUUUUUCCUGCAGAACCCAGCAGGCUCCAUUACGUCUCGGGUGACCGAGGAUACAUCCAAGGUGUGUGAGUCUAUUAGUGACAAGCUGAACCUGCUGAUGUGGUACCUGGGGAGAGGCCUGUGUCUCCUGGCGUUCAUGUUUUGGGGGUCACUGUACCUCACUGUGGUCACCCUGGCCACCCUGCCCCUGCUUUUCCUUCUGCCCCAGAAGCUGGGAAAAGUGUACCAGUCACUGGAAAUGAAGGUGCAGGAGUCUCUAGCAAAGUCCACGCAGGUGGCCAUUGAGGCCCUGUCAGCCAUGCCUACAGUGCGGAGCUUUGCCAACGAGGAGGGAGAGGCCCAGAAGUUUAGGCAGAAACUGGAGGAAAUGAAGACACUCAACAAGAAGGGGGCCUUGGCCUAUGUAGUCGAAGUCUGGACCACAAGUAUCUCGGGGAUGCUGCUGAAGGUGGGAAUCCUGUACUUCGGCGGGCAGCUGGUGGUCAGAGGGGCUGUCAGCAGUGGAGACCUCGUCUCCUUUGUUCUCUACCAGAUACAGUUCACUCAUGUUGUUGAGGCUCUUCUCUCCUGCUAUCCCUGGAUGCAGAAGGCUGUGGGCUCCUCGGAGAAAAUAUUUGAAUACCUGGACAGGACUCCUUGCUCUCCACUCAGCGGCUCUUUGGCGCCCUUAAACAUGGAAGGUCUCGUCGAGUUCCAAGAUGUCUCUUUUGCUUAUCCAAACUAUCCCGAUGUCCAGGUGCUUCAGGGGCUGACGUUCACGCUGCACCCCGGAAAGGUGACAGCGUUGGUGGGACCCAAUGGGUCAGGGAAGAGUACCGUGGCCGCCCUGCUGCAGAACCUGUACCAGCCCACGGGGGGCCGGGUGUUGCUGGACGGACAGCCCCUGGUCCAGUUUGAUCACCACUACCUGCACCGCCAGGUGGCUGCGGUGCGACAAGAGCCGCUUCUAUUUGGAAGAAGUUUUCGAGAAAAUAUUGCCUAUGGCCUGACCCGGAAUCCAACCAUGGAGGAAAUCACAGCUGUGGCCAAGGAGUCUGGAGCCCACGAUUUCAUCUCUGGACUCCCUCAGGGCUAUGACACAGAGGUGGGUGAGACUGGGAACCAGCUGUCAGGGGGUCAGCGACAGGCAGUGGCCUUGGCCCGAGCUUUGAUUCGAAGGCCACGCCUGCUUAUCUUGGAUGAUGCCACCAGUGCCCUGGAUGCUAACAACCAGCUGCGGGUCCAGCGGCUCCUGUACGAGAACCGGGGGCCGGCUUCUCCAACCGUGCUGCUCAUCACUCAGCAGCUCAGCCUGGUGGAGCAGGCUCACCACAUCCUGUUUCUCAAAGAAGGCUCCGUUUGCGAGCAGGGCACCCACCUGCAGCUCACGGAGAGGAGCGGAGGGUGCUAUCGGGCCAUGGUGGAGGCUCUUGUGGCUCCUUCAGACUGACAGACUGACAGGCCUCUGCAUCUGCGCCGCACUGCCCUCCUGCACUGUCCCCUGCUAGGUGUGGCGGAGAACCUGGGAGCAAAGAAAUUGCCACACGCAUUGGCCAGGCUCAGUUAAGGAACUGAGGUAUUGAUUACAAGAUAAAAUGUAACAUCCAGGAGAUGCCUGGAAUUCACCUUGAAUGUUAUCUCCGCCCCAGCCCCUUAGAGUGGGUUUCAGGUACCUCAGGCUGACCUUGAACUCUUGAUUCUCUUGCCUCCACCCCCCCCCCCCCCCCCCCCGCCCGGUGCUGUUCUGGUAUCACCGCACCGACGAACCUGGUUUCUGCGGUGUUGGGGAUGGAACCGAGGGGAAGAAACGCUCACAACGGAGCAGCUUGUAACUAACCGAAGGCACAGGCUGGCCUAUGGAUAACCCGUGGGCUCUUGAUAUUUAUAAUAAAACUGGUGUUUUGUACUGUG